GGGACUUUAUUUGUAAUAUUUCCUUUUUCCUUUUUCAGACAAAUUGUAAAAAACGGGUUAGGGCAUUUUGACCCGUUUCAAACAGUAACAAUUUCCUUCUCUAAUUUUCCCUCCAAUCGGACCCCGUCGUUAACCGGCAAAAAUGGAAGCCAAUGCUCCUCCGUUUAAGCUAAUUUUGGGUUCAUCAUCUGCUGCUCGGAGAAAGAUUUUAGCUGACAUGGGAUACCAGUUCACAACUAUGUCUGCAGAUAUAGAUGAGAAAGCUAUCCGGAAAGAAAAGCCUGAAGAUUUAGUUAUGGCUCUUGCAGAGGCAAAGGCUGAUGCUAUCAUAUCAAAAAUUCAAAAAACUGAAAACCUAGAGAAGGAUGUCAAUCCAACAAUUUUGGUUGCAGCUGACACAGCAGAAGCCAUCAUACCAAGGGUUUCCAUUGGUGAAUCCGAACGGGAUGCCGGGCCAACACUUCUAAUUACCUGUGACCAAGUGGUGGUAUAUGAAGGUGUGGUCAGGGAAAAACCAUCCAGUGAAGCAGAAGCACGGCAGUUCAUGAAAGAUUACUCCAAUGGACAUGCAGCAACCGUGAGUUCUGUUCUUGUCACAAACCUGGUAACAGGAAGCAGAAGAGGAGAGUGGGACAAAGUAGAGAUCUAUUUCCAUGAAAUACCAGAUCAAGUCAUAGAUAAACUGAUAGAGGAAGGGAUAGUUCUUUAUGCAGCUGGUGGCUUGAUAAUUGAACAUCCUCUCAUUGUACCUUAUGUUAAGGAAGUGGUUGGCUCAACUGAUAGCGUGAUGGGUCUCCCGAAAGCUCUCACUGAAAGACUUAUAAAGGAGAUUCUCUAAUAUGACUAGAUAUUAGAGUCCAUGCCAGCACGGGUCCAUUGUGCUACUUUUCGGAUAUUAUAUGCUAUCUAAUGAAAUAUUUGAGAAAGUCAAUCAGAUUUAUUAUAUAUAGUUUUAGAUGUUUUAAGUUGUUAAUUAUAUUAUGAUUUAUACAACUUUCAACGUAAUUUUCAAGUAAUAUUCUUUUAUCCUAAUUAACAUGACAUUGAUAACUAUUGUAAUCUAUAAUACCUUUUCAACGUUGUAAUUUACUAGUUUAAACUGUUUGCUAUUGCAA